CGUGCAGGGCCGAGGCAAAUCGGUCGAUUGUUUCCACUGCCACUCACAGAUUCCGCUAUACACAUACAGCCCUUCUGCUGUCAGCUCCUGUUGUUACCCCUACCAUCUCCGCCGUAUCCAGGGCAGUGUUGCGAGAGCCAGCUCCCAAGCUCCCGUCAUGGCGGCCGAAGCGCGAGAGGACCGUCGAAAAGCAAUGGCGGCCGUCCAGGCCCUCUUCGAUCGCUACCGUGUCAUCGCAGAUGCUCGGCCAGCCCACCAUGCUGUUCGUAAUCAUGCAAUUGGCUGCCUCUGUAUUGGCCCCCCCCUAAUUGGGACGACUCCUGCAGAAUACCGAUUUCUCUAUGGCAGAGCAAGCCUUCUCACAACAUCACGCCUCUGCCCUCCACGAUUACGAAGUCAUGCGCAAUAUGAAGCUCGUGGACGCUAACGGGGCCGGCUUUGUCGCCUUCGAGCUGGAGAUCACGGAGCCCUAUUCUAAUCUUAAUGAUGUCAUGCACGGCGGAGCAGCAGGAGUGAUAUUCGACAUGGCCACGACAUCUGCACUCUGCCCACUGGCACGACCGGGCUAUUGGGAGUUCAUGGGGGGCGUCACACGCACUUUGAAUUUAAGUUACCUUAAAGCGGUUCCAAUUGGGACGACCGUUAGACUUGAGAGCAAAGUGCUCCAAGUAGGAAGACAAAUGGCCAUGAUUCAAGGAAAGAUGACCUCUCUCGAUGGUAAAGUAAUAUAUGCUACUGUGGAACACCACAAAGUCAACUCACCGGUCAAGCCCGAGCAUCGCAAUGCACGAAUACCAUGGGAUGACGAAUGGGAUAGGGAGCAUGCGUUGAAGAAGAGUACAAAACUAUGAUGAAUACACACUUUGAAAGCAGUUCUCACUCAUUAAAUGUGAAGCCUACCCUUUUGACCCCUUUUUAGAUUAAGUACGACGAAGUAAGAAUAUUUGAACCUCAGGAGAGUUUUUUAAACCUCAACGCCGUUUAUGACGCAGUUACCAUGGUAGCAACAGCUCUCCUAUGAUGUGGUCUUCUUCAAAGCACGUCCGGCAAUAUCUUUCCGGUAUUGCAUUCCUUCGAAAUGAAUCAACUUGACUCCGGAGUAAGCCUUGCUGAUCGCUUCUUCUAACGUCUCUGCAAUAGCAGUUGAUGCAAUAACUCGGCCGCCAGAUGUCUUCAGUGAGCCAUCGACGAGUGUAGUUCCCGCGUGAAAUAGAACGACA